AUGAUUGCUCAAAAGUUGUUGCUUGGCCUAGCCGCCACCACUCUCACCGCAGCCUCCGAGAACAUUGUCAAUCUUCCGUUCGUAGAUGAUUACAAAACCGGCAUUGGCCACUGGUCUCAAUUUGGCAAUGGAACAUGGGAUUCUCAUCAUAAUCUUCUCGAGGGAAGGCUUGGUGAUAUCUCAACGUGGUUAAUUGUGACCCCAAACCGCAACGACUAUUCCAUCAGUACCACUACCAGCGCCAUUAAUUAUCCCGGUGUCUCGAACGGCAUCAUAUUUCGAGCCAGGCAGAGGGAUAAAGCCAACUUUUACUCUGUUGUUCUUCAUGUCGACUAUGUCGAGAUCCAUGUAUGGAAGGAUGGCAAGGCAGAGACGUUGAAGAGGUCAGAGCCGGUUAUUAGGCCUGGAGUCGAAACACCAAUUCGGGUCGAAGUCACCGGAAGUAACUUCAAAGUCUUCCUCCCCUACGGUGGUGACAGUGAGCCUCUCCUCGAGGUUGAUGAUCAAACCCAUGACAAGGGUGGCGUUGGAUUCUUCAUUCAAGGUGAAGGUCAUGAUGACUUUGCCGGUAUAUUCCGCACCAUCUCAAUUUCCGACAAUCACCAUGACGAACGCCUGGAGCUUUAA